AUUUUGAAAACUUCUGAUGGCUAAAAUCAACUCUUUUACUCUUUCCCUUUCAGACACUUUUAAUUUUGAGUGCUAUAACAUAAAUACAAAUGGUCACCAACAUAAAGUUAAGGGGGCAGUAGGAUUGACACUUUUUUUUUGUUUGCAUCCAUUUUUGACUUUUGGACUAUCUGGUACAAACAGCCUCAGUGAGGAGCUUAAUUUCCGGUGAUGUUUGUGCCUCCUUAGCGUGAACUGUACUAGGUGAAAGGCAAAAUUGCAGCUCACAAAAUGCCAGGUGCCGGUUGCUUGAGAGCAAGGAGGAGUGGCUCAGCACUGGCAGCUGCAAAGCAGCCUUCCUGGGAACCAGCAGGAUUCCGAAAAGAACUCAGAGGGAUAUGAACAAAGAGCUGGGAAGAGGGUGCAUAUGCUCUGCCUUUAAAGGGAACUAUUGAGUCCUAGGGAACCUAGGCCAGCAAGCGUCCCAAUGGUCACUCACAAUCAGGGUUAUAGAACAUUCAUUCUGUUUUUGUUUGUUUUACAGAAACCCCCUUCGAUUCCUGAAUGAAGUCAUCGAGCUUCAGGCGCGCCCACAUGGAAUUGCUUAGCAAAGGUUUGGGCGUACGAAUCACCGAGUCACUUGUAUACAGGGUCCUCAGGAAAAGUGGAAAUCCUGGUACUGUAUGGAAAGACUCGAAGGUUGUCUUAAAGCUCCUGAAGUUGGUGACAGAAAGCCGGUGGUGCAGGCUGGUUUCAACGACUCCUAAGAAGAACUGCGCGGGCGCCAGUGCCGAGUCCCGGCUGGAGAAAGGAGUUGGCCCGCACAGAGAACGUCACUGGGCUGCUGGACAGCACCAGCAGUUUGCACUGACCGUCUGCGCGCGGCUCAAGAGGUGAAACGCUAAGCUGCUGACGCUCUGUCGGUGCCUAUUAAUCAGCUGCCUAGAGUCGCGGCAGUUAAUGGCUGUGCGGCGCAGGGCUCUAGCCUCCGGUCCUCCCCGCUCCCCAAACCCGCGUGUCCCGGCGCCCCGGAGCGACAGGGCGCGGCGCGCAGGCAGCCGCCGGGCAUGUGCCGGGUGGGCGCUAGUCCGAGCCGCGCCCGGGGGCUGUGAGCGGCGGCCGGUGGAGCCGGGUGCUGGCGAGUCGGCUGAGCUGUCCAGCCCCGGCCACCCCCGACUCUCAUCCCCGUCCAGGUUCCGCCGAGAUGUUUCCCAACGCCACCACUUCCUCUCCCUCCUCUCCUAGCCCUUGCCCGGGAGGUUGCGGCGCCGGCGGCGGCAGCAGGGGCCCCGGGGCCGGCGCAGCGGACGGCAUGGAGGAGCCCGGGCGGAACGCCUCGCAGAAUGGGACCUUGAGCGAAGGCCAGGGCAGCGCCAUCCUCAUCUCCUUCAUCUACUCCGUGGUGUGCCUGGUGGGGCUGUGCGGAAAUUCCAUGGUCAUCUACGUGAUCCUGCGCUACGCCAAGAUGAAGACGGCCACCAACAUCUACAUCCUCAACCUGGCCAUCGCCGACGAGCUGCUCAUGCUCAGCGUGCCCUUCCUGGUCACCUCCACGCUGCUCCGCCACUGGCCCUUCGGCUCGCUGCUCUGCCGUCUCGUGCUCAGCGUAGACGCCGUCAACAUGUUCACCAGCAUCUACUGCCUCACGGUCCUCAGCGUGGACCGCUACGUGGCCGUGGUACACCCCAUCAAGGCCGCCCGCUACCGCCGACCCACGGUCGCCAAGGUGGUGAACCUGGGCGUGUGGGUCCUCUCACUGCUCGUCAUUUUGCCCAUCGUGGUCUUCUCGCGCACGGCGGCCAACAGCGACGGCACCGUCGCCUGCAACAUGCUCAUGCCCGAGCCCGCGCAGCGCUGGCUGGUGGGCUUCGUGCUCUACACCUUCCUCAUGGGCUUCCUGCUGCCCGUCGGGGCCAUCUGCCUGUGCUACGUGCUCAUCAUCGCCAAGAUGCGCAUGGUGGCCCUCAAGGCCGGCUGGCAGCAGCGCAAGCGCUCGGAGCGCAAAAUCACGCUGAUGGUGAUGAUGGUGGUGAUGGUGUUCGUCAUCUGCUGGAUGCCCUUCUACGUGGUGCAGCUGGUCAAUGUGUUCGCCGAGCAGGACGACGCCACGGUGAGCCAGCUGUCGGUCAUUCUGGGCUAUGCCAACAGCUGCGCCAACCCCAUCCUCUAUGGCUUCCUCUCGGACAACUUCAAGCGCUCUUUUCAGCGCAUCCUGUGCCUCAGCUGGAUGGACAACGCCGCUGAGGAGCCCGUCGACUACUAUGCCACCGCACUCAAGAGCCGCGCCUACAGCGUGGAGGACUUCCAGCCCGAAAACCUGGAAUCGGGCGGUGUCUUCCGCAACGGCACCUGCACGUCCCGCAUCACCACACUCUGAGUCCAGGCCGCGCAAGGGCCAGGGUUGGGGAGAAAGAAAACGCGGAUGCUGGGUGCGGGAAGCAUUGGGGAUGCCGGGUUGGGUUGCGGUAGAGCAGAAUAGUAGGACAACAUGCGUUUCCCUUAACGCCCCGGAAAAGCGCGCGACGAUAGCGGGUCUCCAGUGCUUUGAGUAUAAAAAGUGGGAAAGUUCGAUAAAGUCCCUUUUCCCCCCACUGUCUCCCACUUUCGCUCCUCCCUCUCCUGAGCUUGCAUUCUGCUUCCUUCCAGGCUGCUCCCCUGACCUCUCCUGGCGCGGGUUCUGUUCGUGCACUUGGUGAACUGAUUCAGCCCGACCCGGUUCUCCUCCGCCCCCACUGGCCGCGGGGCGCUUGGUUAGGCAGAGACCGGAUUACCCUGCGAGGUUUUCUCGGGGGCGUUCUCGGAGCCCCGCCCCGCCGCGCCCCUCUGUUCACCAAGUUCUGCCUUGUGCCCCUAGUGGAGUUUCGAGAACCUCUGCUCGUCCUUCGCUCACUACCACUUCUAUGGAAACUUGGGUCGAACGGAGAAGCGGGUAGCUGGUCCUUUUUCCUAUCUGUGCGUCAAGACCCGCCCUUUCCCGAGCCCUUACACUGCACUUACUCCCAGAGCGGAGCCAGGUGCUUAGAACAAUCGGUCCGCGCUUCAAAUCCCAACCUCCUCGCGGUCCCCAUCCUGGCCCCCCAGCGUUGGGGGCGGAAGGGAACUGAGAACAAGCGGCCACGAGUUGUUUUGUUUUGUUGUGGGGUGUGUUCGUGUUAUUGUUGGGGUUUUCUUCUUCUUUAUAAUUAAAAAAGAAAAAAGGUUCAGCGCUUCGGGGACGGCUUGCAAUGACUCGAGCCCGGGUCAGGUGGGGCACUUUGUGAAUAUUAGACCAAACGUUAGGCUAUCCAGAGCACUCGUCCCGGAGUCCACUCAAGGUGGGGCGUCGUGCCCCUUGCACCGCCCAGGAGCAAGGCUGCAGACACACACCCAGGUCCUUCCCCGCUUUUUGAGUUACAAUUGACUCAGUUUCCUGCUGAGGUUUUUUUCCACAACCCAGCACUAGACUGAGACCUGUUGAGGUACUUUGGGUCAACGCUGCCGCCUGCAGGCUGAGUGCGUGGCCUGCCUGCCCCAGGCUUGCUGCCUUUCAAGCGGUGCCUAACACAUUAUUUUCUAGAUAAACACAUUUGUUUAUUUGUGGUGUUUUAAGCUAUGUUUCUGUGUUCUUUUCCCUCUUUGCCUAGUCCCAGCGCCUUUUCUUCAAGACUUGUGAAGUGGAGGUGUGUGCGUGGGGGGAGGGGGGCGGUGGGAGGGAGGGUGGGAGGAAGGUGCAGGGAGUAGGGGUGUGGUAAUGGGAGGAAAGCUCGCUCUCUCUCUCUCCAGGCUCCCCUGCAACAAAACUUUCUUCUGCUGGGUCUUCUGUUCUUACCCUUUAUUCUGGACUUUCUAUUUUUUGCUCGUAUCCAGUAAUGUUGAAAGAUUUCUUUUCAUGCUUUUCCUAGGUCGUUUCUUGUUUGUUUUAUAAAAUAAUAAUAAUAAUAAUGUGGAUUAGCUUUACCAAGCAGUGUGGAAAGUCUUCAACUCCUACUUUCAACAUCACUCUCUCUAUAUUAUUUUAAUAUACAUAAAUUCAGUAUAUAAAAUUUAUCUUGCUCCAUGAAACAAUCGCCAAUGAAGUUAGUAACUGACAGGUGCAAGGAUUCAAGAACUAACUGGACCAUUUUCACAUAAAGGGGUUCAAGCAGCAGUACUCUCAAAUCGGAAAUGAGAAAUCUGAUUUAAACACACUGUAACUAUUCUAAGGAUUUCCCUGCUCAUGCCCCGUAUUCCUUUAGAUUCCAAGAGUGGUGAUUCUAUCAUACAAUCUAGUUACCAUCACAAUCAUCAUUGUCAGUAUUGUAUUUUAUAUAUGUGUUUGAUUUUACCGACAACAUUGGAUGCUUGAACAGGGCAAGAAUCAAUACUUUUACUCUUUGUAUAUCUUGUAUUGCUUUAGUAUGCUGGCUUGUACAUAGUAGGCACUGAAUGCCUUUUUGUUGUUUGAUUGUUAAAGUAAGCCAGAGUGUAUUGCAACCAUCUAGAGAUAAUAAAUCUGGGGUUCUCAGACCUCUCAUUGACAUGAUAUACAAUGCUUGAAAUCACUAUGGAAAACAUGUUUUGUGUAUAUCUGCUUCAAGAACAUUGUGCUCUCCUAAAAUCAGCAACCAAGAGUUAAAGUGUCCCUGAUAUUUGUUAAAUGGUUAAGAACAGUAAAAUUUGCUAAUCAAAUUCCUGAUAAUCUGUCCUCUUAUGAGGAUACAAAUAGUGCUAUUACCUUUGCCAUGUUAGCUAAAUAAACAAAUGUUAUUAUGUUGUUGCAA